AUGCAAGGCCGUAGUGCACACAGUGUCCAGCUUUCUCUACAUUUUAUCGCAGUGCCACUCGACGAGGACAUAGCUCCUAGUGUGCGGGGCAAUCUCUGGGCUAGAUUCUAUUUCAAGGUCGACAAUGGAAAAUCAGGGGGUUCAGCAGCUUUUAUGGGGUUCGAGGGACCGCCAAGCAUAUCGGACGCUGUCAUUCCUCGCCGCACCAGCUUGCUCCCAGAUUUCGCACUCGCUCGUGCUAGGAUCCACGAGUGUUCACAGCGACACUCCUCUUGCCCUGAUCUGAAGCCUCGACCACUCCCGACCAGAGUCAUAGAUGUGGGUGAAGAUAUACGCCAUGGAUCAAGACUAGUUGAGACACGAGGAGAGCUUGGCCAGUAUCUCGCACUCAGCCAUUGUUGGGGAAAUAUUCAACCGCGGCCUUUGAUGACUACGACAGAGAAUAUUUCGGCUAUGACUACUCGAAUCCCCUUUGAGAGGCUCGGGAAAACGUUCCAAGACGCCAUGACUGUUACAAAAGAGUUGGGUUAUCGCUACCUUUGGAUUGACAUGUUCUGCAUCGUUCAAAACUCGUCGGCCGAUUGGCAGCAGGAAUGCAGCAACAUGGCUUCAAUCUUUGCCAAUGCCGAUCUGACGAUAGCAGCCUCAGCUGCGAAAGAUUCAAAUGCAGGAUUCUUGCAGGAACGUCCCUUGUGGCACACCAAUAUCGUGGAAUGGGUGCGACAUCAAUCCCGAAAGCAUCAGGACGAAGACGGUAAUAUUCGUGCGCUCAACUUUCAAGUCAAAAACAUUCCCAAUCAGGCAAUGGUUACAAGCCUUCCAGGUGAGGAAGACGGUGGCUAUCCACCAAAUUAUUUCAUGAGCGCCAAAAAUGAUAUCCUGUCCACCAGAGCCUGGGCGGUACAAGAGAGACUCCUUCCGUCGAGAAUCUUGAGCUUCUACGAAAGCCAGACCAUCUUUGAGUGCAAUACCUGUUUGUGGUACGAGAAGAUGCAUCAUCCUCUACUUCACCGAGAUUGCGUCCAUCGUAUCCACCGCGCGAGAGAGUCUCUGGUGCCCAAAGACUUCCUCGAUGCCGACGACGCCCAAACAAUCUUUAACAGAUGGAUCUCCAUCCUGGAACUAUAUACAUCAUGUAGCAUUACUAUGGCUGAUGAUAGAUUACCGGCACUCUCUGGGGUCGUUCAACGAAUCCAGGAACGACUUGGGGAUGAGUACACUGCUGGCUUAUGGCAUAGCCAUAUAAUGGAAGGACUCUCAUGGCAAGUGAGCAUGUUUCCACGAGAAUAUACCAUCACGCAGUUCUCGGAAAUAGACUGGAUCAGUGACAAUUAUACAAAGCACAAAGACAUUGGCCUUUCUGUGGUCAAGCAUCAACGUACGGUGUACAUCCCCUCGUGGUCAUGGGCUUCCUGUGCAUACCGUAUCCAAAUGCCCAAUGCGUACUAUCCAGUCAAGCAUGCAGAGGUUGUCGAAGUCCGAAGCACCGCUGCCGGCUUGGACAGAUUUGGGAACGUUACGUCGGGGACUGUGCGCAUCACUGGCCACCUGCGGACACUCGAGUGGCGAGCUACAGGAAUAGACAUAGUAGAGACUUUAUUCCUCUACCGCGAGGACGGUAAAAGCCUUCCGGUCGUUCGUGCAGACCGAGUUUUCCGAGAUCGAGUCGUCCCAGGAGACAAGGGACAACUAACAUGCUUCCUCCUGUCGGCGAAUGGUCCUAAUGCAUGCAUCCUAGUUCUCGAGCUAGUAUCGCUUCCCAACGCAUAUCGAAGGAUUGGGAUGAUCUCGACAGACAUUUUUGGUCUAGGCUGGCCCGUUCAACCUCGAGAGUAUAUCGAUCGCGACGAAAUAAUACCAUGGUUCUUAGAAGCUGAGCGGUUGACAAUCGACAUCAUCUAA